CGGGAGCGGGGGCGGCAGGAGCCGCGGAGCCGGCGCCGAGAGCGGCAGCGGCCGGAGCGAGCGGCCGAGACAAAGGCGGCGAUAGGGCCAGUUGUGAUUGUAUGGAUUUUUGAGUGAAACCUUGAACCCAAAGGAGAAGAAACCUUCAAGGAACAACUUCUGUUGACAACUACCUGUUAUAGGCCCCAAGUCAAGACAACAAUUUUUAUACCUUCCUGGUGGUUCAGAAACAAGUCUCUGUAGAACCAGAAACAAAGAAAGGAAACAAUCUGACUUUUUCUUCAUUAAAUUGACUGUAUAAGAUACUUGACUUCCAGGAACAAAAACACAGAGAAGUAAUAAAAUUAUUAUUUUUGCAUCAUUGGACAUUCAUCAUAUUGAGGAGCGUGCUUUGUUAAGCUUCCCGAGUUGAGAUUUGGAAACUUCAUUGGUGCUCAUUUAUACCUUGGACUAUAAGCAUGAGUGAAUUCUGGUUGUGUUUCAACUGCUGUAUUGCAGAACAGCCUCAGCCUAAAAGGCGCCGGCGGAUUGACCGAAGUAUGAUUGGAGAGCCAACAAACUUUGUACAUACGGCUCAUGUAGGAUCCGGAGAUCUGUUCAGUGGGAUGAAUUCAGUUAGCUCCAUUCAGAACCAGAUGCAGUCCAAGGGAGGCUACGGGGGCGGAAUGUCUGCCAACGUGCAGAUGCAGCUCGUGGACACGAAGGCAGGAUAGCCCCGGAUCCCUUCUCCAGUCAUUGUGAAUUUCUGUGUUUUCUCUUUCCACUAUUCUUUAAUUUUUUUGCCGUGAUUGCUUUUCUUUUCUUUUCAAUUACAAAAGAGAAGUGUGAUGGCGUCUUGUUCCCCUGUUGUGAUUACUCCAGUGAGACGUUACUGUUCUGCUCCGAAGAAGCUAUUUUCAGACGAAUCCUGCAUUUCCUUCAGCUGGCAUGCAUGCCUUUGGACUCAUGGACAGAGCUCUUUGGAUUGUGGCUUAGUUUUCAAUUUUUAUCACUAUGGAUCUGAUCUUAGCAUGAUCUUUUUUGUGAAUGCUAGCACUAUUUUUUCCAUUUUAAACAUUUCUCUUUCCACCUCCCACCCUCUGCCUUAUGAUUUUAUUGGUAAGCAAAGACCUACUAUUAUGUUAAUUAGUCACCAUUUAUGUAUAUUUGGAAGGUAUGAGACCCACAAGCACAAUGAUCAUUUUUAUUCAUUUGAAGCUUCAGCAGAGUAGAUUUCUGCAUGCUAUAUGAAGUUGCUUCAUAUGGGAGCCCAUGGGAUGCCAGGAGUGAACAUUUCUUUGCUGCCAUGGGCUGAUGAUACUGCUGCUAUUAGAGAAGGGUUAGGUGUGGCACCAAGUCACGUCAGUUCUACAAAAAGGUAACUUGUAGCUUGUUUUAGAAGUAUGACUUUUUGGUCUAUUACAAUAAAAGAAAAGCUUGCAUUCAUAAGGCAUUCAUUCUGUUGUAAAUGUUCAGUAUAUUUAUUUUGAGAACAAGGACCUGUGAUUGUAAACAGGUAUGGUAUGUAUCUGAGUGUUGUGGUAGUACCCUCAUCCAGUCCAGUUCUGAGCAUCAUCAUCUUUGUAGCUGUUCAUUUCUUUGUGUACUCAUUCUGUUUUUACUUAUUUUUAUUUUAUGUUUAACAUUGUGGUAUCCAGUUGUUUCCAGUAACAGUUUGUGGAACUUCUGGCCUCUACUAUGAACUGCAGACUCCACAGUCAUUGGCCUAUCCAUAUUCUACAUAUUUUGGGGCAAUGGAAGUUGCCAAGAACAAUACACUGACCUGGCUGAAUUGUUUGCCAGUGAAAAUAACCUGUAUGGUGACUUUUUAUGGUAUUGAUGAGAAAUCUUUACUAAGGUUCCAAAAUAUGUUUAUUCUUCACAAACUGUGUGUAUUUCAGAUAUUUCUGUAAAUGCUUCUCCUUCCCCAUAAGGGUGUAGUGUUAAGCCAGUUAGUGGUUUGUAUUCUCAUUGAAAUGUUUAAAUCUUAUGUCCAAUUCAGUCCUGUCUAACUAUAUUUGGUAGAAUUAACAUUUCAUGCAGCAAAUGGGGGUUCAUUGAAAACUUAUUUAGAGAGCUAUAAGGAAUUAGGUAAUUGAAUAAAGAAAUUUUCUUUUAUCCCUUUCCCCUCACCUUAGUCCCAGGUUCAUGUGAAAAAGGUAAUUGAAUAAAUAUUAGGUUUAUAUAGGCGAAACAUGAAAGCAUUUCUCCUCCAAUUCUUUUGAAUUUAAUUUACCCAGUACAGUGGUACACUAGAUUGCUCAAUCUUUGUAUUUCUGCAAUUUUGAGCCUUCAUAGGUGUCAAUCCCAAACAGGCACAGAAUUUGUCAAGGAAAAACAUUUAUGCUUAGUAAUCAAAAUAGGCAUUUUGCAGUUUAAUAACUUCUAAACUUUAAUUCCUCUAGUGUCAUUAAUUCACUGUGUGGAUAUUGCAUUCUGGAAUUUGCCUGAGUACACUGUCACUCUGCUUAGCCAGAGUCAGUGUCCUGCCAGGGGUACUGCUGUGUGCAAGCUCCUCAGAAGACAGAUUGGAUUUUCUUGGCAUUGUCAGCACUGAUGCUAUUUAGUCUACUUCUAUUUUGACUUUUAAAAUUAGUACGAGUUUUAUACUUGUCAUAUAACUCCUAGAACAACAAUAGGUCCCUUUUCCCCAACUCAUGAUUUGAUUUUAUUCUUUUUUCCAAUCGCUAUCUUUUCUGCUUCUCCAAGGACCAAAUACUCCAGUGAGCGCUGGAGCGUCUCUCCAUGGUAAGCCAAAGGCUGCACUCUGCAGCCGCCACUGACUUCACAGUAGCCACACUGUGCACAAGAGCACAUGCCAAGGAAGGUGCCAAUAAAUUCAAGAAAUAAGAAAAUUACAAAAAAUUCUAAGAUAGUAACCUUGGACACACAUUUUUUUUAGAGAGGCUUGAAGAUAUUUGAGAGUGCGAAGGGAGGUAGCUUUCCUAUAUUCAUAAGUGGGAUUGUAAAUCUCGAGAGGUCAUUUGUUCCCCAUAGCAGCGUAUCUCAUUUUAAAAUAGAAGCUAAUUAAAUAAAUAGGAUUGACGGUUAAUACUUUGAAAUACAUGCUAACAACCAUUAAGCAAGGGAAACUGAAUGAAGGUUUAACUAAGGACGUGGAUUCUGUUAUCAAUGAUCUGCAUUCUGUAAAACAGGUGCUUUCCCAUGACGUGGGCAUGAAGUGGUGCCAAUAACCAUGGAGCGGAAAUGUUAACUGUGGCAAUUGGGUUAGCAUUUCCAACGCGGCAUUAUCAGUGGGUCUUGAAAGAUACUUGGUGAGAGUGUUAGCUUUCACUUUUGUUAUUAAAUUAUAGCAGUUUCAUUACAGAGAGCAAGUUUGCCUUGAUUUUGUUUAAAAUGACUUAUGCUCAGCACCCAGAAGAUAAAAUUGACAUAUUUUUAUAAUAUAAGCAUACUUUUUUUGUACAUUGUGUUCAUUCUUGAAUAAAGUGAGUUCAGUGUUGGCUUGUAGAUAUUAAAAAGAAAAUAUUGAUUUUGAUUCAAUAAAUGUUUUCUUUCAAUCCUG